ACGCGAGGUGGAGCCGAGACAGUGACAGUCGGCACAAUGGUACCGACUCGAAAGCGAGUUCGUUUGCCGACCGCACUAUAAAACAGAGCUGCACCAGUGAAAAUGACAACAUUUGCAGAGAGCACUUGCAGCAGCUAACACCAUGGUUUCCCUCAAAUUCAUGAUCGUCCUGGCCGUGGUGCUGAUCGCCACCUUGAGCACAGUUUCUGCGCGCAUGUACCUUCUGGAAAUCGACGACGCGGACACGAUGAGGCACAAAAGACAGGGCUAUUGGGCCCCGAAAGACGAGUACCGCGCGGUUCCGUCCAACCACCGACCGAAAAACGCAGAAUCAGGUGGUCAAGAGUUCCAAGCGCGCCUGCACGACGCUCCUCUGAGCCGCGCGCGUCGCAGCCCCGGCAAGGAAGGGGUCGUCGGCCCCGUGCACACCUACGUGAAGACCGACAAGCACGCUAACUUCAAGUGGGGUGUCAAGCACCACGUUGGCAAGGAGUACGCCGGCUAGGGAGACGCUCAACCAACAAGCACCCUUGCUUCCCCGAAUUGAUCUCAUUCAAAUUCGCAGCUCCCUCGAAAGUGAAAAUAAUUCAUGCAACCACCGAUCAGCAACCUGUAGCUUUUUGUUGACUAAUUUUAAUUGUUGUACCCAUCGUCAUUCAUGUUUAAAUCAGCAAUAAACUUUCAUUCCCAUA